AUGCAUCGCCCUGUUGUGAGAUUCAACAACCUUCGAACAUCCCGACCACGCGUUUUCGCUGCUUUCGAGCGUCGUCGGCAUACCAGCGCUAGUUGGCUCGUAGAAUGUUACGCUGAAGCACUGGGUGUUUUUCUAUACACCUACAUGGGUGUUGGGUCUCAGGCUCUCUAUGUCCUUGGCAACAUCCUCCAACUUGAGGGCGCUUCGUCGGGGCUCCAAAUUGGGCUCGCGUACGCAUGUGGAAUCUUACUGGCUAUCACUGUGUGCAAUGCGACAUCGGGAGGCCACUUCAAUCCCGCCGUGACCAUCACCCGUGUCCUCUUCGAAGGCUUCCCGCCGCUCAAGGGGCUCCGCUAUAUGGUAGCCCAGGUAUUUGGAGGCUACAUCGCCUGCUUGCUGGUCUACGUUCAGUACAAGACUUUCUUUGGCGCUGUCGAUCUUGUGUUGGAGGCCGCAGGGCCCGGACAUAAGGAAAGCGUAUUCUGGACACCAUCAGGUCCUGGAGGAGUCCUGGCACUUUCGGUAACGGUUCGUCCCGACAACUCAAACAAAAGAGUCUUCGUCAACGAGUUUGUAGUCGACUUUGUUCUCGGAACUGUCAUAUGGGCAACGUUGGAUCCCACUAACGAGCUGAUCCCGCCUUUCUUGGGUGCCGUUAUCGUUUCGUUGGCAUAUGCUGCUGCGAUCUGGAGCUUCGGUGGAAUUGGCUUGGCUGCAAAUGCCGCACGUGAUGUGGGUGGUCGUCUUGCCGGUUUGACCGUUUUCGGAAUGGGCGCGAGUGGAGGCCCCUACGCUGCACUAGCCGCUCUGACCAAUAUUCCUGCAACGAUCCUCUCCCGCGUGAUGUAUGAGUUCAUGAUUUCGGAUUCAUACCGCGUCAUUCCUGCGGCGCAUCUCGAGGUGAUUGAAAUGCACAAGGAUCAUAGUCGACUACGAAGCCACGGUCUCGACAGUCCAGAGAACGAGAGUGACAUUAUGGAUUCAGAGUCCAAAGGGCACAUCGGCGAAGUGGAACGCGUUUAG